CACUUGCUUCAACCUUUUUCUCGCUUCCUUAUUCUCAUUCCUUCACUUUUCUCACAAACACAAAAAAAAUAAAAAUUGAAUGUAUAAUAUGGAGAAGGAUAAGUUGUCUAGGAGACAUCACAAAAACCCUUCAUUUUCAUCUUCGCUUCUUGACGAAAUCUACCGCUCCAUUGAUGGUUAUGAUCAAAGAAGAGAAGAUUUCAAAUUACCAAAAUUAGAAACAAGAAAACAGAGCAGCAGCGCCAAUAUUGGACUGAAACCGAAAGGCGUUGCCAAUAUUUACAACAAGAAGAAGAGUGUAGAAGAUGAAACAGAAAUUGCUAGUUUUCGAAGGGCUUGUUUGAUUGAGAAAUGGAUGGAGAAAAAAGUGAAAGAUAAAGCACGAAGAGGUCCGUCUAGUGAAUUGGAUAGUAUUAAUUAUGAUUCACUCUUUUUCAGUUCAACUUCAUCUGAAUCCAAUUCUGGUACUCUCUCUGCAUCUUCAUCUGAACCCGACUCUUUUUACUCUGAAAAAUCUUCUUCUUCUUCAACAACUUGUUUUGCUGCAUCGAGAACUAGAUCGAUUAGAAGAGCCAGUGUUUCACCGCGUAGAGAUACUAAACUCUAUUCAUUUGACAAUCAACAAGCAAAUAAAAAUGAAGAGAGCAAGUCGAAAUCAACUGCUUUGAAAAUGUACAACAAUUUGAAGAAAGUGAAACAGCCCAUUUCACCAGGGGGUCGUCUUACUAAUUUUCUCACUUCCAUUUUCAAUAACAAAUCGAAGAAUUUGAAGGACGCAAAUGGCGGAAACAGAGGACAUUUUCAUGAAGUAGAUGAGAGGAAUUCAAAAUCUUCUUCAAUUUGUUCAUCAUUUUCAAGAUCCUGUUUAAGUAAAACCCCACCAAAAUUCUCUCAAACUUCUGUCAAAAGGACAGUCAGAUUCAACCCUGUUAGUGUUAUUGUUGACGAAGAUUGUCGUCCUUGUGGUCAUAAAUCCAUAUAUGACCACGAUUCAGACAAUCUUCGUAGGCCCAAAUCCCAAGGAAAUGCAGAGAAGAACAGGAAGUUUGAAGUUGAUUCAUAUAAGAAUGAUUACAUUGUUGAUUACGCAGAUGAAGAUGAUGAUGAUGCAGCAAGUUGUUCAAGUUCAGAUUUGUUUGAAAUUGAUCACUUAGCAUUUUUCGGUAACAAAAGAUUUUGUGACGAACUGCCUGUCUAUGAAACCACAUAUGUUGAUACCAAUAGAGGAAUCGCAAGUGGUUUCAUUCAUUAAAUUAUCAUUAGUUAGCCAGCCGACAAUGUGAUUUAGUAUUUGAAUCUUGAUGAUAA